AUGUCGGUUCAGUACGAAGAGCCUGCGCUGGCAGGGAGCUAUGGUGUUGUACAAUCUUUCCCAUAGUAUUUUGGGAUAUCGAGAACACGUCAGGUGACAGUAAACCAAGGAUUGCGGAGAAGUGGGAAAUCGUCCAUUCGAAAGGUUUGUUGUGUUCCUAUUAGUUCAGGUAGCACAAUAAGCCACUGCAUCUGUCCACUUCUGUGCAUCAUUGCCGCCUGGUCAUACUAACUAUAAUGUUUAUGCAUGGAAAACGACUCAAAUGGAUAAACUAACUAGUCAAGUCAUCCACACUAAAAGGCUCUACAUUGUUAAUCUGACGUCUGAAGUGGCCGUACAGCAUUUACUGCGAUGCAGACGUGAGGGCUGUCAUACUUCUUACGCUUAGCGGAGCAGAACUAUUGUGAAGUGAGUUUGCGUUUGUACAGGACGUACAGCCCCCACCUACCGUCAACCAAUCAUGUCAAUGCGGAACUAUACGGAGCCCUACACAUUGUAACAACAUUUGAGAGGGCACAGCAAUGCUGUACAGAGCUUGAUUUGGCCACUGCAUGUCAAUUGCGUCACACCCGCUCUACGAAGCCUCCGUCCACAUUUGUGUCAAGCAUAAAUUGGCUUUUAUAGUGUUUAUUGUGCGCCACUAUCCAGGUUGUAUUCCACAAGAUGUCGCCAAACGAGACACUGUUCUUGGAGAGUGCCAACAAAAUCUACAAGGAUGACAUCUCCAGCAGCUCUUUCGUCAACUUCCAAAUCUGGGACUUGCCUGGUACUGUGGACUUCGACCCUACCUUCAACUAUGAGAUGAUCUUCAGGGGUGCGGGGCUUUGAUCUUGUCACAGGGGUGCAGGGCUUUGAUCUUGCAGGGCUUUGAUCUUGUCACAGGGGUGCAGGGCUUUGAUCUUGUCUCAGGGGUGCGGGACUUUGAUCUUGUCACAGGGGUGCGGGGCUUUGAUCUUGUCACAGGGGUGCGGGGCUUUGAUCUUGUCACUGAUGCUCAGGUGAGACGAUUAGAGGACAGUUAGAUGUUGCCCUACCCACGGCAAACAUCGAGAAGGCUGCACAGCCUACAGUUUCACAGAUUUGUAUGUAUUCAAAAAAUAAGCGGCUGCAAUGUCUCUCCUCUGCUUAGAGGGUUUUGUCUUUAUUCUCUCUUGGUUUCAUCAGGAUGAUUACGUGGAAGCUUGGGAAGGCUUCAUCUCAGUGUCCGGAGCCUACAGGUUCAACCCAGAGAUCAACUUUGAGGUGUUUUUAUCCAUAAGGUUGAUGGCCUGUCAAGACGAUCACAAGAUAAAACCCAAAGAGACCUCCAUCGGAGAGCCAACGAUGACCUAGCAGAUGCCAGCCUGGAGAAGCUUUACCUCAGGUUAGUGCAAAGGACAAUAAUAAUAUGCCAUUUAGCAGACGCUUUUAUCCAAAGCGACUUACAGUCAUGCGUGCAUAAUUUUUUUUGUGUAUGGGUGGUCCCGGGGUUCGAACCCACUACCUUGGCGUUACAAGCGCCGUGCUCUACCAGCUGAGCUACAGAGGACCAGACACGACAAGACAAGACACAACAUAACGAAUGUCAGCCGUGCGCAGUGGAAUCGUAAUCGUAGAUCACCUGCUGGGUGUCGACAAACUGUGGUGAUUCAACACGAAGAAUCGUAAGGGAAAUUAACCGUAAAUUACAGCUGAUGUUCUGUGGUCAGAGGAGAUAGGAAGGACAACCGCUGUUUUUAACCAUUUGUCGGAACGAUCUGUUUUGUCCUUAAUUGGUGGUGGGUUAGGUAUGUGGCCCAAUGUCACUCAGAGGGAUCAGCUUGUUUUUGGCAUAACAAGUUGGGAGAGGAACUGUUAGAUACAAGACAUGUUACUGUUUUCUCAAUUCUCUCUCUUUCUCUGUUUCAGCUUUUAUUUGACCAGCAUCUAUGACCAUUCCAUAUUUGAGGCUUUCAGUAAAGUGGUCCAGAAGCUCAUUCCUCAGCUACCAACAUUGGAAAACCUACUGAACAUUUCAAUAUCACUAUGUCUUUUUUGAUCAUUUCAAUAAGCUAAUUUGAACUGAUUCUUCUAAUUUUGUCAAAACUUUGUUUAUUUUUGGACAGAACUCGGGGAUUGAGAAAGGCUUCCUGUUUGACGUGGUCAGUAAGAUCUACAUCACCACCGACAGCUCUGCUGUGACAUGA